AUGGCCGCCCGAGCUCCGGUCUGGGGCAGCCGACUGGCACACCGCUCCAUACAGGUUUCGUCUUUGCAAUGGACAUCAAGGAAACCAGGUCAGAGACAUGUGUUGGGUAGCUUACAGGCGGCACAUGCUCCGUACUCAUCAAAAUCUGUCGGAAGUGACGACGGCCCGGUGAAGCUGGCGUUUGACCUGCACAAGCCCGAGAAGCCGGUGGCCGAUGACAAGACGCGUCCGAUUCUGGUCCUGCACGGCCUGUUUGGGUCCAAGAAGAACAACCGGAGCAUAAGUAAAGUCUUGGCAAGGGACCUAGGACGGUCAAUAUAUGCUCUUGACAUGAGAAACCACGGCGACUCCCCCCAUGUUGCGCGCCAUGACUAUGAAGUCAUGGCCGACGACGUGGCCAACUUUAUCAAGGAGCACGGCCUGACUGACCCGUCGAUUAUUGGGCACUCAAUGGGUGCAAAAACGGCCAUGGUGCUGGCUCUCAAGUCGCCCGACAUGGUCCGCGACAUCAUCCCCGUCGACAAUGCGCCCAUCGAUGCCGCCCUCCUCAGCAACUUUGGCACAUACGUCCGCGGUAUGAAGUAUGUCGAUCUCUGCCGCGUCAAACGCCAGGCCGAGGCCGACAAGAUUUUGCAGAGCUACGAGCCAUCGCUCACUAUCCGCCAUUUCCUGAUGGGUAACCUGCACCGCGUGAAAGUGCCCGACGACGAUCCGAGCCCCGAGGCUGGCAAAACCAUUUUGCAGUUCCGCAUCCCGCUCGGCACGCUUGGCAAGGCACUGGACGUACUGGGCGAUUUCCCGUACAAAGACACCAACGCAGUGCGCUUUGAGAAACCAGCGCUCUUUGUGCGCGGCACCAAGAGUCACUACGUGCCGGAUGAGGCACUGCCCAUUAUCGGACAGUUCUUCCCGCGGUUUGAAGCGGUCGACAUUGAGGCUGGCCAUUGGGUGAUAUCAGAAAACCCCGAGGCCUUCCGACAAGCCGUUGUCCGCUUUCUCACUCCAAGGGACGAUUGA